GUUUAUGUCGAUAUUAUGUGACGAGGCGGACAUCUCGAAACUCUCGAAAGCAUUCUACAUCGUGCAUGAGAUGCGAUGGAGUGGCGAACUGUGAUAGUGAUAGUGUUGGUCGUAAGUCUGUGUUUUUUUAUGAUACCGAUUAAAAAUGAAGACAAAAAUGUCGAGGACGCCAAGUUAUUCACCAGUUAUGUUGACCAAUACAAUAAAUCAUACAAGAAUGAUUCUGUAGAAUAUAAAGAGCGAUUCGAACUCUUCCAGAAAUCACUGCGACACAUCGAAAAGAUGAAUAGUUUUCGGACGUCCCAAGAAAGUGCGUAUUAUGGAUUGACGGAAUUCUCUGAUUUAUCUGAAGAUGAAUUCUUACAACAAACUCUUCUUCCAGAUUUACCUUUGCAAGGUCAAAAACACAUGACAGCAUCGUAUUAUCAUCAACAUUUUACGAACUCAUCGGUUCAUCGCGUGAAAAGGGUAACGGGCAUACCCUCUAAAUUCGAUUGGCGAGACCAAGGGGUCGUAGGGCAAGUUCAAAACCAGGGGAGUUGUGGUGCGUGUUGGGCAUUCAGCACUAUCGGGGUGGCCGAAUCCAUGUACGCCAUCAAAAACGGAACUUUGUAUCCCUUUAGCGUGCAGGAAAUGAUCGAUUGCAUGCCAGGCAGUUAUGGAUGUGAAGGCGGUCACAUAUGCAGUUUACUCUCGUGGCUGCUGGUGUCAAAGACCACAAUUAUGUCCGAGAAUUCUUACCCUCUUACAUUGCAAACUAGUGCAUGUAAAUUAUCUAAAAUUUCUGCAAAAACAUCGGGAGCUAAAAUAACAAAAUUUACAUGCGACAACUUUGUGAAUGCUGAAAGCGAACUUUUGACACUGCUCGUUACUCAUGGACCCGUGGCGGCUGCAGUGAAUGCCAUAUCUUGGCAGAAUUAUUUAGGCGGUAUAAUACAAUAUCACUGCGACGUCAUUCAAAAUUUAAAUCAUGCGGUACAGAUAGUGGGAUAUGAUAUGUCAGGGACUAUACCGUAUUAUAUUAUUAAAAACUCGUGGGGCUCGAUUUUUGGCAACAAAGGUUACAUUCACAUUGCGAUCGGUAAAAAUUUAUGCGGUAUAGCUAAUCAAGUCUCGUCGCUCGAUAUUAUUUAAUCGAUCACGAUCACAACAUCACAUUUCCAUUUUUAAGGAAAUAGAUCGAGAAGCUAAGGAACAAUUAAAUAUAUAUAAUAGUAUAUACUAUAUAUAUCUCCUUUUUAUAGAAAGUAUUAUGAACAAAAAUAUCAUAAGACUGUAACUUAAUAAUAAAAUGCUUUAUUAGGUGCUUUAAGGCAGUAAUACAUAUAUUAUAUUUUCUAUACAGAUAUUUGUAGAUAUAAUGCAGUAGGUAAUGUAAAACUUAUUAAAUAUAUAUACUUAUUUAAAUAAAGGCUGAUCCAAGAGUA